GACGUCACUACACCAACCCAGCCGCAGAGGCUUCUGGGAGAAUCUUGCCGUGCUGGAGACAUUUUGGAUUUAAAGGGGCUGAGCUAGCCGUCAGUUCUAGCUCUCGGUUUCCCUGAGCUACAUAGAAGAUGUCCACCAUGGUGUAUCCACGAGAAGAGAAGCUUGAGAAGCUCUCUCAGGAGGAGAUCAUCUCCAACACAAAGCUGGUGAUCCAGGGUCUGGAGGCACUGAAGAACGAGCACAACUCCAUUCUCCACAGUCUCCUGGAGACCAUCAAGUGCCUAAAGAAAGAUGAAGAAGCCAACCUGGUGCACGAGAAGUCCAACUUGCUCCGCAAGUCAGUGGAGAUGAUUGAAUUGGGCCUGGGAGAAGCACAGGUGAUGAUGGCCCUUUCCAACCACCUGAACGCGGUGGAGUCGGAGAAGCAGAAGCUACGUGCGCAGGUGAGAAGGCUUUGCCAGGAAAACCAGUGGCUGCGGGACGAGCUGGCCAACACCCAGCAGAAGCUUCAGAAGAGCGAGCAAAGCGUGGCCCAGCUGGAGGAGGAGAAGAAACACCUGGAGUUCAUGAACCAGCUCAAAAAAUAUGAUGAAGAUGUCUCACCCACUCAGGAGGAGAAGGACAGAGAGACACCGAAGGACUCCCUGGACGACCUCUUCCCCAAUGACGAGGAGGAGCACGGCCAAGGAAUGCAGCACCAACACAACAGUGCGGCCGUGGCUGCAGCCCAGCAGGGAGGCUAUGAGAUCCCAGCCCGUCUGAGAACCCUGCACAACCUGGUGAUCCAGUAUGCCUCCCAGGGCAGGUACGAGGUGGCUGUCCCCCUCUGCAAGCAGGCUUUGGAGGACCUGGAGAAGACCUCUGGACACGACCACCCAGACGUGGCCACCAUGCUCAACAUUCUGGCCUUGGUCUAUAGGGAUCAAAACAAAUACAAAGAGGCCGCCCAUCUGCUCAACGAUGCUCUGUCCAUCCGGGAGAAAACCUUGGGCAAAGACCAUCCCGCUGUGGCCGCAACGCUGAACAACUUGGCUGUGCUGUAUGGAAAGAGGGGGAAGUACAAGGAGGCUGAGCCUCUCUGUAAGAGGGCUCUGGAGAUCAGAGAAAAGGUCCUGGGGAAGGACCACCCAGAUGUGGCCAAACAGCUGAACAACCUGGCCCUGCUUUGUCAGAACCAGGGCAAGUACGAGGAGGUGGAGUACUACUACUGCCGUGCCCUGGAGAUCUACGAGUCCAGGCUGGGCCCAGAUGAUCCCAAUGUGGCCAAAACCAAGAACAACCUGGCGUCCUGCUUUCUCAAACAGGGGAAAUACAAGGAGGCUGAGAUUCUGUACAAAGAGAUUCUGACCCGGGCUCACGAGAAAGAGUUUGGAUCUGUUGAUGCUGAAAACAAGCCCAUCUGGAUGCACGCAGAGGAAAGAGAGGAGAUGAGCAAGGGCAAGCACAGAGACAACACUCCAUACGGAGAGUAUGGAGGCUGGUACAAGGCCUGCAAAGUCAACAGCCCUACAGUGAACACCACCCUGAGGAACCUGGGGGCCCUGUACCGCCGACAGGGCAAGCUAGAGGCUGCUGAGACCCUGGAAGAGUGCGCCGUGAGGUCCCGCAAGCAGAGCAACACAGGCAUCGACCCCAUCCACCAGACACGCGUGGUGGAGAUCCUGAAGGAUACAGACGGCGACAGGCGAAGGAGCAGGGACAGCCUGAGCAGCGUUAAGUAUGAGAGCGGCUCUGAGACCGGCGAGGAAGUGAGUAUGGGCGUGGAGUGGAAUGGGGCCUAAGCCAUCAAGAUUAUUCCUCCAUCCUUCUCUCCUUCCCCAACACAAUAGCAAAAGGAUGUGUGUUGUCGCUCCCUCAGCUCCUCUGCCAUUCCCGGCGCCCCCCCUACCCCCUUCGGCAGAGGCUCAGAAAGCCCCCCUCUCCUGGUUGUCACCUCUGUCCCCCUGUUCAUCUGACAACUGCUGGGACGUUUGGUCUUCUCAUCUCUGCUCUGUUUCACUCUCUCUCUCUUACCUUUCCCUCUCACUAACCCUGCGUCGUCCGCCAUUUUUAGAAAUCGUUACUUCAGCUCUUUCUCUCACUUAACAUAAAAAAAAAAGUCGCUGUGCGUGAAAUCUUUUCCCUGUGAGGAAGUCACUCGCACAUCUCUCCUCUCUCCAACACUCAUUUGUAAUUUUUCAUAGGUGCAUAGCAGAUUUAUUUAGCUUGAUAGAGGAGCAGGACUAAUAACUUAUUGGAAGAAGGCAAAACAGAAAAACUGAAUGAUUUUGAGGAUGAGUGUCACCUUUGAUGGAAGCCUUGGCUCCAGACAUCACUCCAACCCACAGUCGGAUAAAACGAUCACUAUAGAGUUAAUGUAUUACAGAAUAAUAAUAAUAAUAAUAAUUGGUUUCACUCUGAAUUUGUUUGUUGCCUUGAGCACUCGCAGUCUGUUUCUACAGCAAGGGAAAGUUGACCUCAAAGAUGGCUUCCAAUCUGGUGCCUGUAUUUAGCCGUUAUAGUAUGUUUUGUUAUUUUAAAGAAAGGUAUUUUUACCUUGUGUUUUCUGUUUUUAAACUAAUGCGAUAAUGAGAUCAAAUGCCUAAACAGUGUGGAAAUGAAUGGUACCAUGUAGAUUUCACAUGCUAAUCAGAACAAGUUGUUUCUUAACUUCUGAGGCCUAGUUGGCGGGAAAUGAGAAGGGAGCAUUGCUAUUUUUGUUUUUAUAGAUACAUUUCCUUUGAAUUAAUUUGAAUUUUUUUUAAUAAAUUUGUUUACAUUUUUUUUUUUUUUUUUUUAAAUGUCGAUUAUUUUGUGGCUGAAUAUUAAGGCAGUAGUUUGUCAACAAUGCCGUAGUGUUGCCUGACCAGAAGAGCCAGCAUCAAAGAGGCCAAACGCUGACAGCAAAUUGGUCAAAUCACAGCAAGCUCUUGUUGCCAUGGGAAUUUAUAUUCAAGUUGCUCUUACUGGCUUCAGUGCCCUUGGUUUGAUGGUUACUCACACAGGCUCUAUGCUGGUACAAUAUGUACACAGCAGCUUGCAUUUACAAAGGGAAUUAGCAACAUUGGCUGCUGCUGUAAAGCCAAUAUGACAGCAGAGACCAACCGGAACAUCUAGCACUGAUACUGGCCACCUGAGAGAUUGAUAAGUACUAAUAGAUUUCAACAUAAAGGACAUAAAUGCCCAGAAUUGCCUUUAUUUGUUGGUGUACUAGUAGAAGCUAGCGUUAUAAUUCAAUGGAAGCCUGGAUUCCACAGUAGUUCUUGUGUGUAUUUGUGUGUGUUUUGGUGGUACAGUCACAGUGCCCACUUCGGCUAUGGUUACUGUAUUUUGAACACAAAGCUUAAUGGAGUGUGUUGCCUUUUUUUCUUACACAGUUGUUUGCAAGUAAACAUUGUCACUUUGGUGAAUCAUGUUUUUAGACACCCAAAGUACAGUGCGAGUGUUUCCUCAAGAUCAACAUGUUAUUUCAGAUGUUUAACUUACUGAAUGUAAAAAUGACUUUAACAUCUUGGAAGUGUAAUUGUAGGCUGUAUUUAUAGAUUUGACAAGUGCAUUCACUAUACGGCUGUUCAGUAUGCUACUUGCCUUUUAUUCUUCAUUCCUUCCAAUGAGUACUCCUAUACUUCUAAUGCAACUCUGAACAAAGAAUUGACUAUGUACAUCACAUAAUUAUGACAAUAUUGUUGUGUUAGUGGAAUGCUUAUUUAUUGAACUGUCUAUUCUUGACAUAUAUAGUGUGACUUCAGUUUCCUAAAGUGGAAGAACAUAAAUGGUAAGGUCUAUAAGCACUAUCUUAGUAAGUAGGACUGCAUUAUAUUUACCAUUCUGCAUUGUGAUGAUUAUUGCAUCAACACUUGUUGGUAUUCUCAAAUAAAGUUUUUCAUUUGUGAA